AUGAGGAGCACCUUGAAUCCAUAUGCGCCACCGUUUAAACCGGUGGAAUACUCUGACGAACGCUGCCUUUUCCUGACCUUCUCAAGAGGCUUCCCCCUCACGGAAAGCCAGCUUUUCAACUUUUUCAACAGGAUGUUCCGACCGUAUGUGGAUCAAGUGAUAGUGCACAGGCCUAAGGAAAGAAGGAUGCCUUCUUUGUUUGCGAGGGUGAUGUUCAAGGUUUCUCUCAUACCAGACCUUGUGAUGGGAAACCAUGAAAAGGUUUGCUAUUUCGUCGAUGGUAGACAUUUUUACUGCAGGAGGUUUGUUAGCCAGAAGGACAGAAAUGCAGCCACCCGCGCAAGUAACAGCCUCCGUGGUGGUCGUGGUGGUAGCCACCACAGUGGUCACCACUGA